AUGUCUCGAGUUGCUCUUGUUACAGGCGCCAACGCUGGCAUUGGCUAUGAAUUAGUGAAGUUACUCUCCGAGAAGGGGGUUAAGGUCUACCUAGGGGCAAGGAAUCCAGCGACUGGCAAAGAAGCUGCUAAGACUCUGGCGUCCGAAGGAUUUUCGAACGUCCAUUUCAUUGAGAUCGAUGUCACUAAGCCCCCAACCAUCGAAGCGACUAGAGACCAUAUCGCACAAGCCGAUGGGAAACUCGAUAUCCUCGUCAAUAACGCUGGUGUCGGGGAGUUGGAUAAGCCGCAACUUGCCACCGGUUUCGAUAUCAAUGUACUGCGGACAACCACAGAGGUCAACCUCUUCGGGCUCAUCCAAACAACUACCACGCUCCUCCCUCUCCUGCAAAAGUCGCCCAACGGUGUCAUCGUGAAUGUAUCAUCGGAUAUGGCGUCCAACGCGACUCAAGCCGGACCCAACGCGAUCUUGAACUUUGCUACGGCUUACAACGUGUCCAAGGCUGCGGCUAAUGCCUAUACGAUUGCUUUGGCCAAUCAGCUUCGAGACGAUGGUUCGAAGGUCAAAGUCAAUGCAGUUACCCCUGGCUAUACGUCGACCAAGUUGAACGGGUUUGGGGAGGGUGGAAAGAGUGUGAAAGCAGGUGCAGAGAUCUUGCUUCCUUGGGCGUUGCUUGACAAGGAUGGCCCUUCUGGCCGCUUCAUCAACGAGCGUGGCGAGGAGUUCCCUUGGUAG